UGACACCAAGUAGGAAAGGACUUUAACCUCAAGCAGCGAGUGUUCCUAUAAAACCAACGAGUGCUCUCACAAUCACACACAACACACACAUCUGUUCCACCAUGAAGACCAUCAUGAGGACUACCCUGCUGGCCUGCAUGCUCCUCGCAGCGCUUCAGUUCGCUCAGGCGAGCCCCUCACCUGCGCUCGAGGCUGCGCUGGCGGAAACUAAGGCUACCAGUCUAUCGGCAACUAAUGCUCUUACGUGCAUUGCUAAAGGAGUUUACCAAUUCAUCAUGGAUAUAAAUGAUACACUGUCCUUUUGCGCGCAACUAGGAGAGGGGGCCGGAGAAGGCAUGAUCCUCGUCGUGUUCCCCAUCUGCACCGUUGGGACUACGAUCUUAGACAUAGCGCGCAUUGCGUUCGACUUGUCCCAAAAUUGCUGAGGCGUUGCCGUCACCGACAGCCGGAUAGUUGAAGUGUUGUCUUCAAUAUUAUCUUGUUUUUAAAGUGAAAAUAUACUCCUUUGCAAUGUA